UCAUCCACCUUCAAAACUGAAAUGAUCCAGCCGCCUUUGUUUGAAGCUUUGGUUUCCAGAAUAUCACCAUUAAAUCUGUUUAAAAGUACUGCCACUCCAGCUGAAUAAUUGUAUACAGGCAGUUAUAGUAGCAGCAGCAGUCCAUGCAUCUGCUGAUGUGGGAUUAUUUCUGCCUUUUCAUCUUUUUAAAACACAGAAAAUGUCAGUGCUUUGUUCCAUUAUGUUACAAUCAGUUCUAUCAGUCAAUUAGGACAUCAUGAUGAGUAUAAUAUUGUUUAUUUAAGACAUGUUGCAUGAGGAAAUGUUACCAUACCAUUAAUUACAGUGUCAUAUUAAUUCUCUGUGCUGUGUUAAAGAGCAGUUCAGCUACUUUUGCUGCAGACAUGUUGAGAUUCUUCUUCUUUGUGAGAAAACAUGCAGUAGUGCUUUAAUUUAGUAGCCAUUGUCUGGUCUUUAGCCCUUUUGUGUUUUGAAUUAGUUGUUUCAGUUUGAGUCAGCAGUGCAAGUAGAUUUUUUUCCUCUGAUGAAAAAAUACAUAGUGAGGACAUUAGAUGUGUCUUGUACAUGCAUGUUUUGCUGCUCAUAUUGGUGCUUACUGUUUCAUAGCAGUGCUUUUAGAUAACUGGAUGUUUGUUUGUUUUUUCACCAGCCUUUGGACGCCUUUUUGGAGAGCCUCUGGAUUGCCCUUUGAUAUCCUUUGGUCGACCACCUUUGCUGCAUCACCUCAUAUCCAUCCAUCCAUCCAUCCAUCCAUCCAUCCAUCCAUCCAUCCAUCCAUCCAUCCAUCCAUCCAUCCAUCCAUCCAUCCAUCCGUUUUGCCUGCCUUGUUCUCUCUCUCUCUGUCUGUCUCUCUGUCUCCCUGUGUUUGUCUGUCUUUUGUGCUCUUGUGCUGUCUUCCAGGAUGCCUCGGAAGGGGAGACGCUCCCAGGCCCAGAAGCAGCGCUGGAGGAAGCCGGACGCGUCUGAGAUGCCCACCCCUCCCAUUGACGCACCCCACUGCUCACGCUCUCCCCAGUACAAGAAGGUUGGUUCCACCCUGCCAGCCGGACGGUUCUGGGAAGAGCGGCAGGCGCGUGCAAACUUUAUUGCACGCCGUGGCACCGGUUACCGCCACAAGGUUAAAAAAUGGCCAACUUCACCCUUUACUGGGCGCGACCACAAGUUGGUCAUUCCUCCUGAGCUCCCUGGAAAGAAGUUCAUUCUUCUUGUCGGGGACUCCCAUCUACGUGCUCUUGUAGAUGGCUUUAUUCGGAUGCCAGAGUCUCGGCUGAGCUUUGGCUUCCUGUCGACUCCGGGGGCCUCUGCUGCGGAAAUUCGCACUGAGGUUCUGCACGCUGCAGUUCCUCGUGCACCUGAUGCCGUCUGCAUCAUGGCCCCCGGCAACAACCUGACCAGCACCACUGUGGAGAGGGCAGGGGUGGAUUUUGCCAAUCUCCUCACCACUUGUGGCAACCGCUGGUCCAAGGUUUUUGUGGUCGACUUUCCUCCCCGCCUGGUCGUUGACGUCCAACACCAGGACCUGCUUCGGCAGGAAUACCGUCGUGUGGCUGCUCGUAUGGGUGUGAAGUUCUUCAACGCUGUGGAGCACUUCCCCCUGAGUGAUUUGGUGCUGUGGAGCAAGGAUGGUGUCCAUCUGAGUGAUCGUGAGGGGAUGGGGAUCCUCGUCCAGUUGUUCUGGUCCGCUGCCAACGAGCAACUGGGGACACCACUUCCUUCGCCCCGGAUCCCUCCUCAGCCUCCAGUUCGGAAAGCUACACCCGAAUUGGUUGUGAGAGAGAGAUCCCCUGCUCCACCCAGCCCGAAACCCCGUGAGCAGAGGAAAAUGGGUCAGGGCGGCAAGACGAGCCAUCCUCGGGAACCUCCCCGGUCCAGAGGUUCACCAAAGCCCAGGAUGGCUCAACAGCAGGUGGAGGAGAGCUUUCUUCCACUGAACCCCGUCUGGUUCAGCAGCACAGCCCUAAGUGCUAUGGAGAAAGUGUCUCCCUCCAAUAUGUCUUGCCUGGCGGACUUCAAGGCUUCUCCUAAGCCAAAGAAGGUGGCGUCCCCUGCAGUUCUGCGCGGCUGCCCGCGGAACACUACGCCUCCUCCUGCUUCUUCUCCAGUGAACAAGGAGCCUGGAACGCCUCCAGCUCUGCGUUCCUGGAGAUCAGAGGAGGACGCCCCUUCAGGCUUGACCACCGCAACUCAGGCGGUGGCUGCUCGGGCAGCAGUGAGACGGCCCAGGACCCCGGACGGGCACCCCCCCCACUGCCCAACUGCAGUGCAUGAUCUGUUUGACUCACCCCCGGCCAGAUUGUCCUGCAGUUGGGGCAAGACAGAAACCCCUCUCUGUUCUCCCAUUGCAAAGAUGGCCAAGAUGAUGACCCCCUCACCGGAUGGACAGGCCUGGAAAACUGAUGAUGCGGGCUGCAAGCCUCCUUCUCCUGAGAAGAUGACCCGAACACCGACUCCAUCACAGGCCCAGUGGCCCUGGUUCAUGACAGCUGCAUCCACCUCAGCUGAUGCAACAACAGACAAGGAUAAAACCAGGAGCGAGAGUCGCCGUGUGGAGUCAGUCUGGGCCAGUCAUUCUCAGAAUGAUAGGAGGUACAAAGUAUUUUCCCGCAACCAUCAGUGUACCUGUAUUGCAUUGACAUUUCUGGCAUACCACACUGAGGGCUGUCAGUUCACCAGGACUACACUCGAUAGAGUCCUGGCUCAGGGAGACGCGCUGUAUGUCGGAGUCAAACAGCAGUUGAUUCGCGACAAGACCUUCCGGAGCAAUCACCUGGCAGUCGAGGAGAUGCCAAAGCAAGUCCUCACAGACAGACAUUUGUAUAAUGUCAACAUGUCUGAGAUCAGGUGUGGCUUUUUGAAAACUAAAGCAUCGAGCCCCGGAAGACAGCAGUGGUGGCUUCCGCUUGCCAGCCGGCUGCAGUGUCUUUCAGCAGAGGUUAAUCAGGCUUUAAUCAUCAUUUCACCCGAGUGUAUUGCUGUUUUCCGUGAUCAGUCCGGGAGGUAUGGAGUGUUUGAUUCCCACUCCAGAGACUCCAGAGGAUUACCCUCUCAUUACGGUAAGGCGAUCGUCAUGACUUUCACGGAACUCAGUGACCUGGCUAACCACCUCCACACACUCUUUAGAGACCGUGGAGACUCUGCAAGUUACGAGUUUGUCCCGGUUUCUUUUCAGACUGAUAGCCCCAGUGCCCCACAUCCUCAACAAUCCCCGGAAACCGAUAUUCAAGAUGAAGUGUCUGAACCUGCUCUCCUCGCAUUGCAGGCAGACAGUGGGACGGCUGUCAAAAUUGAGGAGGACGUUAAAGGUUCCUCAGCUGUUCCACAAGCAAUAAAGCUCUCUAAAUUUAACAAAGAUCGGAGGCAAAAAGCCAAGAGGAGGGCAUGUGACAAAAAGGAACAAGUAAAAGAAAAAAUUGUGAAAAAAAUUUGUGAAAGAAUCAGGUAUGCCAGCUGUGCCGAAUUUCGCAGGAAAAAAAUUCAGGCACAGAGUAAGCGUGUGCAAAACAACCGUGAACAACGGCUGUUGUCUUCUAAAAAGUACUAUGCCAAGUUCAAUGUCAAAAUGCGAGACAGACUAAAAAACAAAUACAUCACAGAUUCUGCUUUUCGGAGCAGGAAAAUAAAUUAUGUUGUCAAGAGGUACAGCACAGAUCCAGCCAUUCGGAACAGGCAGAAAAAAUAUCUUGCCAAGAGGUACAGCACGGAUCCAGCCUUUCGGAACAGGAAAAAAAAUGAUGUUCUCAAGAGGUACAGCACGGAUCCAGCCAUUCUGAACAGGCAGAAAAUAUAUGUUGUCCUCAGGUACAGGAAGGAUCCAGAGUUCAGGCUACAUCAUAUUCAACGCUGUAGCCUGCUCAGAAGACGCAGGUCGGCUGCCAAUCCUGACAUGCGUCAGAAGUUGUGGAGAGCACUGAGCAUCAGGCGGAAAUACCGACAGCUCGGAACCUCUCGCCAGCCAGUGCUCACUUCAGUGAUGGCAGCGGCAAUAGCAGCAUUCCGUGAGACCAUCAGCCACGGACCAACAUACGUCUGCACCGUCUGCCACAGGACUAUGUUUCCAAAUCAAGUCAAGUCAUGCAAGAGAGUUAAAUACUCCACCAACAUCGACGUGGCACAGGCUUGCUUGACUGGAACGUAUGUGCAUGUCUGUGACGCUGAGUGCUCCUCCCCUUGCUCAAUGCCACCAGAGAGACUGCAGGAGUGGAUCUGCCACAACUGUGACAGCCACCUCAGCCGUGGGAGGAUGCCAACACAUGCAGUAGCGAACAAUUUAGAGUUGGCCCCCAUUCCCCUGGAGUUGGCCGAACUCAACGUGCUGGAGAGACAGCUCAUUGCUAAAAUCCUUCCGUUUGCUAAAAUCAUCGCCUUACCGAAAGGACAGCAGCGAGCAGUCCACGGAGCUGUUGUGUGCGUUCCAUCGGAAGUGGAAAGCGUUGUCAACAGUCUUCCACGUCCCCUCACAGAAGCACAGCUACUGCAGGUGAAAUUAAAGCGUCACAUUCGAUUCAAAGGUUACCAGCACUUCUACACUGUCAACAUGAAGAAUGUGCUGGUAGCUCUGGAAAAACUCAGAGAGCAGCACUCUGAGUAUUCCGAUGUGACCAUUGAUGAACAGGCCACGUUCCAAAAUCUCCUCCACGACUCAGACAACGAGUGCACGGAUGAUGCACAGUGGGGAGAAGACAGCAUGCUCGACGAGGAGCUGCUGGAGGCGGCUGAUAGCUACACUGAGCCAGUCUUGGCCGAUUUUGUAUCAGCCACAGGAACGAGUCGGCCAGAAGAUGACCAAACACGCAAUGCUGACAUGCCAUCACCAAGCACUGAGCUGGAAAACCUGUCCAAUGAUGUCACGAGAGAAACUCUCUUGGAAGAGUCUGCCGAUGACAUAGACUCUCGGCACGACAGCAUGGAUGCUGCCCAGUGGGGAGAAGACAUCUUGGACCAAGAGCUGCUACAAGUGUCUGACAGCUACCAGACCAAUUUAGCUGCAGACACAGCCACCGAACAGCAGGAGGAGCUAAGACCUGGACUUGCUCUGGACACCUGCAUGCAGCCACCAGACAUUGCACAGGAAAUCCUUUCCUAUGGAGAUGGCAUUUUCAGCAUUGCCCCCGCUCAAGGCAACAAACCUGUGGGAUUUUUGCAAUCCCCAAACUGGAAGCCAUGGCAUUCCCUGUGCAGUUUCCCACGGGAGAGAACACGCUGGAUGAAGACCGUCCCAUCAAGCUUUCACCCAGCAGAUACUUCAACGCCAGGCUUUUCGGGGCAGACACGCGGUUUGCCGAGGACCAAACUUACCUUUUCUUUGCGCAGUUUGUAACGGAGAC